UCCGUAUUCCGCCCGCCGGGAGAUCAUGGGUCAGGGCCACCGCCAACUCUUACUCGCGUUUCUGUCCGUGCUUCUCCUCACAGCCUCGGCCGUCGCCGCCGACAGCACGUUGACGCAGCGCAGUGCCAUCGGCGGCGACAAGAGGCUGGUCUCGCCGGGAGACAUCUUCCGGCUCGGCCUCUUUCCCGUCGCCAACGGCACCAAGUGGUACCUCGGCAUAUGGUUCACCGUCUCCCCGGCCGCCGUCAUCUGGGUCGCCAACCGCGACCGCCCGCUCAACGCCUCGUCCUCCGGCACACUCGAGCUCAGCGGCCGAGGAGACCUCGUGCUCCUCGACGCCGCGAGGGACAACGAGACCGUCUGGUCGUCCAACUCCUCGGCCGCGGCGCCGGCAGCGGUCGCGCAGCUCCGAGACAACGGCAACCUGGUGCUGGCGGACGCAGCCGGCGCCGUGGUGUGGCAGAGCUUCGAGCACCCGACCAACACGUUCGUGGCGGAGAUGCGGUCCGGGAAGGACCUGAGGACCGGCGCGCUGUGGGCCCUCUCGUCGUGGCGCGGCGCCGACGACCCGUCGCCCGGUGAUUUCCGGGGGUUCCGGCCCAGGUCGCCGGCAGAGUGGCGCAUGCGGAACGCGUCCGGCGGGUGCGCCCGCAGCACGCCGCUGCAGUGUGUUUUCGGCGGCAAGGACGGGUUCUACGCCUUGCGCGGCGUGAAGCUGCCGGAGACGCACGGCAGCAGUGUGGACGCCGGUGCCUCGCUUGAGGAGUGCGGCCGGAGGUGCCUGGCCAACUGCUCCUGUACGGCGUACGCCGCGUCGGACAUCCGUGGUGGCGGUGGUGGGAGCGGGUGCAUCCAGUGGUUCGGCGAGCUGAUGGACACGCGGUUCGUCGACGGCGGCCAGGAUCUCUUCGUCAGGCUGGCAAUGUCUGACCUAGACACAACCAAGAGCAAGAAGUUUCUCGCCGUCAUCGCAGCGGUGAUAGCAGGGUUCGCAAUGCUUCUGCUGUCACUUAGCUUCCUGAUCUGGAGAAAGUUCCAGCGCCGCAGGAUGGAAGUCGCCAUGUUUGAUGACAUCAUGAGGGGCGAGUGUCCAACGUACCUCCUCGAAACCAUUAGGGCCGCCACAGACGGGUUCCGCCCUGAGAACGAGAUCGGGCGCGGUGGCUUCGGCAUUGUGUACAAGGGUCAAAUGCCAGACGGCCAGGAGGUUGCAGUGAAGAGGCUCUCAGCGGAGAACAGAGUGCAAGGCCUGAAAGAGUUCAAGAACGAGGUGGACCUGAUCGCCAAGCUGCAGCACCGCAACCUGGUACGCCUGCUCGGCUGCUGCAUCCACUGCUCGGACAGGAUACUUGUCUACGAGUACAUGAGCAACAAGAGCUUGGACACCUUUAUUUUUGAUCCAAGGAGGCGCGCCACUUUGAGCUGGAGGGCCAGGAUGGACAUCAUCCUCGGAGUUGCCAGAGGGCUUGUCUACCUUCAUCAGGACUCAAGGCACACAAUAAUCCACCGAGAUCUCAAGGCGGCCAACGUUCUCCUUAAUGAGGAGAUGGUCGCCAAGAUAUCGGAUUUUGGAAUUGCGAAGCUGUUCAGCAGCAGCGGAGACAACAGUCAGGACUCCACCGUCACGGAAAGGAUUGUCGGGAAAAUAGUAAGAUCUGCAACUUUUGGUUACAUGUCACCGGAAUAUGCCAUGGACGGCAUGGUAUCAUUCAUGCAGGACGUGUACAGCUUCGGUGUGCUGUUGCUGGAGAUCGCCAGUGGCAGGAGGAACCAACGAAGUUUCAACCUCAUAGCUCAUGCAUGGAAUCUGUUUGAAGAAAACAGGAGCCUCGAGCUCCUUGACCCAGCUAUGCGUGGCGGCUGCUCCCCAGCAGAGCUAGAGCAUGUUAAGACGUGGAUCCAGGUAGGGCUACUGUGCGUUCAGGAGAGCCCAAGCCAACGGCCGCAAAUGGCUGCAGUAAUCCCCAUGUUGUCGCACCAACAGGCGCCAGGGCAGCCACUUCGGCCGGUGGUCUGCAUGCCGGCGAGAACUCCGGUGGACCUUCUCAACAUGGAGGAGGACACAUCUAGCAAUGAGUUGACCAUCACGAACCUCGAAGGCCGGUAACAACUAGCAUGAAUGCAUGGAUGGAAGGAUGUCGGGCAAGCUGGAACCUAAGAUUGUAGACCUUACCGACGACUUUUUGUAUGUAAUUGGGUAGGACGGGUGCAUGCAAGCCAUCUCAUGCUUCUGCAAAAGUGUGACCUCUUAAUUAACACACCUUUGUA